AUGCCGCCUACACAGUUCCUGAAGCAAUCCAAAACCAAAAUGCAGGCUUGGGUAACCAGCAACGGGCUCAAUGGUAGCCAGCCUGCUCCCACCGCCUCCGGUCCAGGACACGAGAGCCAGGGCCAGAGUCAUCUUCCCCAGCGCCACGUCUAUCUACCUCAACCACCUCCAGCAGCACAGCCGAUCCAGACGACUCAGGCGACCCAGCCGACACAACAAACAACCCAGAACUCACCCCCACGAUCACGCGCCCCCAUUAUCAACGCAAACUCUAACAGAGCUGCCGCCGCCGCCGCCGCUCGGCUACCCGUUCCGGCCGGUCGUACUGGCCAUGCCCGAGAUACGUCACUUAAUAUGUCACGAGCAAGGGGCGUCGCCUCCGAGCCCAUUCAAUCUUCUUCUAGGAGACCAGCACCAUUUUGGGAAGGGUCAACCGUCGACGGUUCCUUGUUUAGCGACAGCGGUAGCAACCCUGAUGCGAACGCGGCCGCCGCGUCUGCAUACCGAUUUCGUGUGCCUACUUACCAACACCAACAGAGAGGAGACACCCCACAACCUCGCCCUAUCGUUAAGGAGGAGACCAAUAGGCCGAAUCAACAUGCCCCCUUUAUCAUAGGACCGAACGGUUUGAUAGACGUAGUAGGUGGCCCUCUUACUAGGAGCGCUUCGACACCGGAUGCUAGGAAUUAUCGUGGCGGUCUGAAGGGAAUAGUCACCUCUCCCGAACCUGAUCCUGAUCAAGAGUCGGAGGAUAGUCCGUAUCAGAGCCCAGAGAAGACGCCUUCUGCCAAGCGGCUCCAUCACCCGAAGGCCCUAGCUUUACGUACUAACCGCCGUGGUUCCUUUUCAGAGAGAGCUGCUUAUCCUCAAGUAGAAAACAUCGUAUCCUCACCUACACGUCAACCCUAUCAAGUUCCCAGUAAUGACCUUGACGAAGUGCGGUCGGAAAGCUCUAUCCACCUGAGAGUGAAAACGCAACACGACCCUCAACGCUCAACUAUCUUUGCCGACACUGACACACCUAUGGCCAGCCAUCACGACGAAUCAGAAAACGAAAGCAUUAUCGAACCGCCACCACCGAAGCCCGUGGCGAAGCCUAAGCUUCACCUAAGUAGACAGCUUUUUGCAGCAGGAAGUAAUAAGGCCCGAACAGGGCUUAGUGAAAGCGCGAUGCCUCGCCCAUCGGCAGACAAGCGCACUUCUAACUCCAAGAAGCGUCAACACGAACCAGAUUAUGAUGACGGCGCUUUAGCAGCAAUGGACUAUGCGGAACUGAAAAAGGAGGCAUUCGAUUUUGAUCCGGCCCAGGCGGAGGCUCAAUCAGCGAUUGGACCACCCCGGGGCACUCUACCAGAGAAACUCGAUAUCUUCUUCGACAAAGAUCAGCGAAGUCAAACAGAAUUCUUCUCUAGAAUGACCAUCAACGACUGGGAGGCUUCUGGCGAUUGGUUCUUAGAAAGAUUCGGGGACAUCAUGCACCGACUCAGGGAGGCCCGUCAAAUGAAGCGAGCUAUGAUUGAGAAUUUCGAGAAUGAAAUUGCCGAGCGAGGCGAGGCUGUCAGGAAUAAAAUCCAAGGGAUCGACCAUACUCUCGCCGAGCUCAAAAGCGAAGGUGAAGGCAUGAUGAUAGGAAAAGAGUUCGAUUGA